GUUGCCUCGGUGACGGGCUGUAGAGGGCGGAACUACGGUGGCGAUGCUGGAGGAUGCGCCAUCAUCAACAUGAGCCAGACGCCGGAGGCCAGGGCUAGGUGAGGGCUGUGUGGGUGAUGGUAGGGGCUGUGUGAGAGUAUUGGAGAGCCAGCUCUGUACAGACAGCCCGGGGGAAGGAGGCCAGCCUGGUCCUUACUGUGUGUUCAUAGAGGCCUCAUCUCAUUCUACACAGGAAGACAUGUUCCUCUCUCCCAGGGACAAUCAGACAAGGCAAAUUCAAGAAACGGUUACCAAUGUGGAGAAGCACUUUGGUGACCUGUGCCAAAUCUAUGCUGGUUACGUGCGUAAAACUGCCAGAUUGCGGGACAAGGCAGAUCUCCUGGUGAGAGAGGUCCAUGCGUAUGCGGACACUGAAACGCCAAACCUUAAACGUGGGUUGAAGGGGUUUGCUGAUGAACUUGCCAAACUUCAGGAUUAUCGCCAAGCAGAGGUUGAACGACUUGAAGCCAAAGUGGUUGAACCAUUGAAAAGCUAUGGUUCCAUCAUUAAGCUUAAAAGGGAGGACCUUAAAGUGACGUUAACUGCUCGGAAUCGAGAAGCAAAGCAAAUGUCUCAGCUGGAGAAAACUCGCCAGAGAAACCCAUCAGAUCGGCAAAUCAUUUCACAGGCUGAAACAGAGCUACAAAGAGCCACGAUGGAUGCUGCACGAAUAAGCCGCCAACUUGAGGAAACAAUUGAUAAUUUUGAAAAGCAGAAAAUUAAAGACCUAAAGAAAAUAUUUGGAGAAUUUGUCACCGUCGAAAUGGUGUUCCAUGCGAAGGCUUUGGAGGUACUGACUGCCGCCUUUCAUCAUAUUGAAGAUAUUGAUGAGGAGGAGGAUUUAGAGGUUUUCAGAAGUUCUCUGCACCCACCAGAUUUUCAGUCUCGACUUGACAUUGUACGUGCCAAUUCAAAAACAGGAUCCAUGAAACAGACGUCCUCCUCCUUCUCGCAAUCUUCAGUGAGUCGACGCAAAAAAGAAGAGGAUGACGACCUAGAUGAAGAUGAUGAUGGGUCAACUGAAGAGGAAAACUGACAUUCCAAAUCCCAUGUUUUUUUGUCUUUCUCUUUUUUAGAGGGUGGGGGGAUGAGACAACUGGCUUGUUUUAUAUAAGAAAAUUAUAAAACGUCAGAAUCUGAAAUCUUCAUCUACAAUACAGAUGAUCUGAGAUCAUAUCUUCAGCUACACUACAGAUGAAGUAACUUCUGGGUCAGCAUGAAAUCAAGUUCUACCCAUGUAAUGGUUUAAGGACAUCACAGAUAUGUGAUAUCUGAAGUGUAAAAAAGUUGGUUACUCUUCUAAUUUCUUUCAAUCGCUAAGCUCUUGGACUUUCUGACAAGACAUUCUGUUCUACUUUAAGUAUGGUGUUUGUCCUGUUGUGCUGUUUUUUUGUUUGUUUUUGUUUUUAUGAUUUUUUAUUUUUUUUAAGAAUGAGGGAGAAAUCCUAUCACUAUGUGUGUGCAGACUUUGGGUUAAUUUUUUUAUUCUCUAGCCUUAAAAGGAAAAUAAACUGUAAGGCCCCCUUUCACGUGCUUGCAGCAGUCCGCCAGCUCAUUGGGAGAUCUCUGUUGAUCUCCGCUGAGCUGGAGGAUGACGGGUCCCCCUCUGCUCACUGAGCAGGGAGGGG